AUGCCCAGCCCUGGAGAGACAGCCUCGGGAGGAGGCGUCAAGACGAUGAGUGCCACCGGCCCUCCUCCAGCGGCGGAGACCGGGGACCAUCGCGAUCCCACCACUCCAAUACUCCCCGCGUGGCGCUUUGCCCUCCUGGGCUUUGGCCUAUGCCUCGGCCUCUUCUUGGCAAUGCUCGACACCUCGAUCGUCGCCACCUGCAUGUUUUCCAUCGCCCUGGAGUUCCAGUCCUUGGAUUCGAUCAACUGGGUGGCCCUGUCGUACACUCUCACCUACCUCGGCUGCGCCGUCAUAUUUGCACGGAUCUCGGAUGUCAUUGGCCGGAAGGCGGCCUUUCUGGUCGCGUACGGGAUAUUCAUAUCCUUCUCUCUGGCUUGCGGGUUUGCUCAGAGCCUGAAUCAACUGAUCGUAUUCCGAGCACUGCAAGGGCUCGGCGGUGGAGGCCUGUAUAGCAUCGCAAUCAUCAUCUUCCCAGAGCUCACACCCGAUGACAAGAAGAAGUUUAUUGCUGGAAUCAUCGGAAUUGUCAUCGCCGUUGCUGGAGUCAUGGGCCCAGUCGUCGGUGGGCUGUUGACCCACUACCGAUCUUGGAGAUAUGUCUUCUGGAUAAACGGACCCAUUGGCGGCGUCUCGGCGAUUGUAUUCUGGCUUACCUGGCCUAAAACGGAGUUCCUGCCGGACCUCAAGCGGAGAUCCUGGAAAGACCUCGACUACCUCGGAUCGUUCUUGCUCAUAGCCGCAUCGGUUCUGAUAGUCUUCUCCUUCCAGAACGCCGGUGUCGAUGCACAGCAGUGGAGCCAGGCCGUGUUCAUCGCCCCCUUGAUCCUGGGAAUCUUUAGUCUGUUCUCCCUCCUCGCCUGGGAGUACUUCAUCGAGCGGCGAUGGCACGGGGAGAAAGCGGCCGCAUUCCCGCUUUGUCUCCUCCGGAACCAUGUGUACACGGCAGGCAUCCUGAACACAAUGUUCACCGGGUUCCCAUACUUCAUCUGCAUCUACACCUUCCCCAUCCGGUUCCAGGUAGUCAACGGUAAGAGCGCGCUCGAGGCGGGGCUUAUGCUCUUGCCCAUGCUCGUCGGGACCGCUGUCGGUAGCUCGCUUUCGGGGGUGAUCAGUGCCAAGAAUAACCGCAUCUUUGAGACGCUUGUCGCGGCGUGCUCCUUGAUGAUCAUGGGUGUCGCCCUCGAGACCACAGCAUCAGACUCUCGGGACAUCGAGCCCAAGGUCCUUGGGUUCCUAGCCUUCAUCGGCUUUGGCUUUGGGCUCGCAGCAUCCUCGUCGACAAUGCUGGCCAGCCUCGAAUCUCCUAUCCGAGAGCACGCACCCGCACAGGGAAUCCUCGCCCAGGCCCGCAUCCUAGGUGGGAGUCUCGGCAUCGCGGCAUCGUCGGCCAUCCUCGGGGUCAAGUCCCGGGCGGAGCUCACGGGCGUGCUCUCACCCGCUCAGAUGCAAGACCUCGCCUCGGCCGCAUCUACGCUCACGGCCGAGCAGCAUGCCGCCGUGCGCCGGACGUACACGGACGCCCUCAAGGUGGAGAUGAUCGUCUGCUCGGCUGUGCUAGCCGUCGGAUUCCUCCUCACCUUUGGCGUGUACCGCAAGAACCGUGUCACGAUCGACGAACAGCAGCAGGAGCGCUACCGCGAGGAGGGUCAGCAUCGGAGAAAGCGCGAGGGACCGGCCGUGGAAAUGGAUGCUGGACCCGGUUCGGCUUGA